GCCCCACGAAUCAAGCAAGAUGUAUUCUUGGAGCUAGAUUCCACAGGGAUGUGUGUAUCAGUCACCUGCCAUCUUUUAUAGGUAUAUGCCAUGAUGGCGAACGAAGAGCCAGGUCAUUACGAAAUCAUCUCGCCUGUCAACGAAGAGGACAAAAAUCUCUUUAACGUCAUCUCGUACGGAAAAGUUCAAAGAUUGAGCUCAUUGUUGUCCAAAACUGAGGACUUGGAUGUUCGCGACUCGUGUAUGAGAACACCCUUAAUUCACGCUAUUUUUCUCCCAAAGGAUGACGUCAGAGCUCACGUGGUACGUUUGUUGUUACGUUACGGAAGUGACGUCAAUGCUCAGGAUGCGGAGGGAAGAACCGCGUUAAUGUACGCCUGUAUGGAGGAGGGGAAGGUCGAUUCUGUGAGACUUUUAAUCAGGUGCAAGAAAUGUGAUGCCAAUAUACAGGACCGGGAAGGUUACACAGCCCUCAUGCACGCUGCUGUCAGUGGCAAUGCCUCAGGAAUUCGAAUACUUACAAAUCACGCAAACACGAAAAAUGUGCUCAAGAUUAACGCUGUCAGCAAACAAGGGUUAUCUGCCCUUGAAUUGGCUGUGAAACUGAGGUUAAGUGACGUGUGCAAAGUUUUGGUGCAGGAAGGAUGCGCAGACACAUGCGUCAAAGAUAAAUCAGCGUUAUUUGACAUUCUCCGUGAUGAGACGAGGACGAAUACCCCUUUUAAUCAGCGAUUAGUCUCCCGAUACGGAUUCUCCCCGAGGCCAGGAGGGACCCCGAUUAACCCCAUAUCAAUGAGAGCGUCGCCAUUUCUGAGACAAAACAGCGAUCUCGUUCGAAGGGUUCUCUUGUCACCAUCGGUCGAACUGACUUCCCCGAUCCCAGGGAGAGUUCAGAACACGAGUGGGAUUUAUCAACGGCUGCUCAACUCCCCGAAUGCCCAGUUCCCGAUUUCCCCACGGGAAAUCGUAACUCCUGGAAUAGCCCAUCUAGACUUCAUUCACAAACCGACCUCUUCAAGGCGACCUUUGACUCCUAUAACCCCCCGGAACUCUGCCCCAAAUGCAAACAGCCCCUCCCCCGUCAACACGUUACCUCAACCCAGUCGACUUCCCAGCAUACCUAGCGGUAAGAGGGUAUACCCAGCAAACAGGGCGGACUCUCCGGAGGAUUGUUAAUGGAAAUGUUAUGUGAAUGUUUGAAUAUCAGCAUCAGUAUUUAUGUUUCAGUGGGAUUGUGCAAAACAGAUAUUAUCUCAAGCAAUGGGGAUGUGAAUACAAAGCCAUAGGACAUGUGAUUACAAAGAGGGCAUGUGAAUAUAAAGACAUGGCAUGUGAAUAUAAAGACAUAUGGCUUGUGAAUACAAAGACAUGACAUGUGAAUACAAAGACAUGGCAUGUGAAUACAAAGAGGGCAUGUGAAUACAAAGACAUAUGGCAUGUGAAUACAAAGACAUGGCGUGUGAAUACAAAGAGGGCAUGUGAAUACAAAGACAUAUGGCAUGUGAAUACAAAGACAUGGCAUGUGAAUACAAAGACAGGGCAUGUGAAUACAAACAGGGCAUGUGAAUACAAAGACAUAGGGCAUGUGAAUACAAAGACAUAUGGCAUGUUAAUACAAGGAGGGCAUGUGAAUACAAAGACAUGGCAUGUGAAUACAAAGACAUAGGGCAUGUGAAUACAAAGCCAUAGGGCAUGUGAAUACAAAGACAUAGGACAUGUAAAUACAAAGACAUAUGGCAUGUGAAUACAGAGACAUAUGGCUUGUGAAUACAAAGACAUUGGGCAUGUGAAUACAAAGACAUAGGACAUGUGAAUACAGAGAAGACAUGUGAAUAUAAAGACAUAUGGCAUGUGAAUACAGAGACAUUGGGCAUGUGAAUACAAAGAUAUAGGACAUGUGAAUACAAAGAGAACAUGUGAAUAUAGGGACAUAUGGCAUGUGAAUACAGAGACAUUGGGCAUGUGAAUACAAAGACAUAGGACAUGUGAAUACAAAGAGGACAUGUGAAUAUAAAGGCAUAUGGCAUGUGAAUACAGAGCUAUAGAAGAUAUUUUUAGACACUCUGUUCCUGGUUAUAGCUCAUAACUGGAUAAAGUCAAUCAUGGAUGAAAAGUGAAAGGAUCAAAGGGGGAUAAUUCAGGUGAAACACAGGUCAAGUCCUUCCAAAUCCACAACAGUAUUAUGGUAUAAUUCUUGUGACGUCAUCAUACAAAUAUUCAGAAUGUGACCCUGGGGCAUGUCAAUACCGUUUGCAGCAUUUGUCCGUUGUUAAUAUGCAUAGUUGCAUGAAAUAGAAUACUAUAACAAGUAAAGUUGGGCAUUUCGUCAUUGUUAAUCUCUAUUGGUAUGUUUUACAACAUUUGUUCAGGAAUAUUUCAUCCGGGUCAGAAGGCCAUGACAUUGUCUGUAUGUAUCUUGCGUGGAUAUUCAACAUUUGGCCAAUCAAUUGUAUCUCUGUCCAUGUGUCAUUUGUGUUUGUUAUUCUCGGGUAGAACCAAUCUCAAUGAAAUCUUAGUUCUCGCUACGGUUGAACAAAGGUCUGAGGACAUACCAUUAGUCAAAAGCGACGUCAAUACCCACAUGAAAUAUCUGCCAAAAGCAGAGUCGACCGCACGACGAGCAUGUGUCUGUGAAUCACUAUCAAACAGCGACACCAGGUGCUCGCGAAAAGGCGGACGCAACCCACCCCCUCUGGUCACGUCAGAACGAAAUUUCGCGAACUUUGACCUUUCAAUGAAAUGACUGGCAUAAAGUCGGCGUUAUCCAAACAGAAAGCAGCUUCUGAGUUCUCAAUUAAAAAUUAAACAAAAGAACAUUCUGGAAUGUCUAAUAGAUGGCCGAGAUUUAAAGCAGUACUUCCCACAGGAUAUGCUGUUCUGUUCAAUCUUCAUUCCAUUAAAGCGAGAAAUAGACGAUGGUUUUGCCGGAAUCAGUCCGUAACUGUCGUUCGGAAUACCCCGUGUUAACCUUUCCGAGGUUGCAUGAUCAGAAAAUAUAUUCCGACUGUCAGUUUCCUGAUCUGGUAAGCGACGUUCUGAUUAGUCGUGACCGUAAUGGAAUGUGCUCAGAUCUUUGUUUAGCGGCAGCAUAACUAAAAUCUGAGUUUAUUGAGAUUGGGGUAGAAAUCAUCCCUUGUGGGCUACGUUUGCAACUGACGACCUUUUUGUCCUAAAGGGAGAUAACUCCCCUUUGAGGGACGACUUCCGGAUGGAUGAGUGCCUGCAGCAUGUGAUUGCCACAACGAUGACUGAGUACUAAGCAACUCUCAUCUCCUGACUGACUCAUUACUCCACCGUGCCCGACUCAUUACUCCACCGUGCCCGACUCAUUACUCCACCGUGCCCCGAGAGUUCAUAGGAAUGCUCAUGCCAUCAUUCAUUGGUUUAAAUAUUUCCGGCGUUCGCUAUACAGCCGUCGUGCGAUGGAUGCAAUACGCCAAACUGCUGUGUACAACGCUGAUUAACGACUAUGCUUACAAAGUGAUCGAACCGUUCGAUCACCCUGUAAAGAAUUAAAUGAAAGCGAAAAUCGAAUGUUAAAAUAAGUUCAACGGAAGUGUCAUUUCUAUUACGUGUGUGUUUGAUCUCAUGAAGUGUCUGUAUGUUACAA